AUGUUUUUGCUACUGUUCUGGCUCACUGAGCCUAUUCGUGGUGCAGUGUUUCCUCCACUUAUUGAGGAUUCCUGUGGUGUGCGGCCACAAAAUUGUAAUUUACUAUGUAUAAAUGGAUAUCAACGCCAGAACAAUGAGGAAUGUGCAUGUGAAUGUGCUGCGGAUCCUUGUCAGUUCAAACUUUGUGCUAUUGGCGAGCAUUGCACUGUUAUUGGAGGUGUUGCUGGAUGUAUCUCUAAUACAGGCGCACCGCGACAUGAGUGCCCUCGAAUCAUUGGAGGAUUAUGUAACGUACAAUGUAAGACGGAUAGCGAUUGUCCAGGAUUUCCUAUAGAAACCCAACUAACUGGACAGCCUAUACAAGCAAGGUCCUUCCAUCGCUUAAUCACAGCUACUGCAAAUGUUCUUCCUGCAUUAAGUGAGCCAAUACGUCCAGUAAAUGCUACCAUAUCUCCAGUAUCGCUUAUGAUAGAUCGAUCUUUUGCGGUUAAGACAUCUAUCCCACAAACAAAAGCUGGUAUGUGUCCUCCCGCUGGAGACGAGAAAGCUUGCACAACCUACACAAAGUGUUCGGAUGACUCCGAAUGUAAGGAUGUCGAGAAAUGUUGUAAGAAUGCUUGCGGUUCCGUAUGUGUGGAUCCCACGAAAGCUACAAACUGCGUACACUUCGCAAUAGCAGUAAAGAAACUUCCCGAGCAAAAGCUGAAGUAUGGCUAUGUCCCAAAAUGCGACCCUAGUGGAAAAGUAAGCUUUGAACAUCCUUCUGCACUUUGA